CCUGCUGCCUUCUUCCUUCUUUCUCCUUCUCCUGGCAUGCCUCGACCGUUCAGUCCGCAUCCAGCACGGCGGGCCAGCCCUACCGUGCAGCCAGUGAGUGUGGUUUGUUGUUGGAACACUCUCUCCUUUGAGCGAGUGUGUGUGUGUGUGUUUUUUGUUCUUCCUCCCGUUUUUCACCCUUCCCGGGACUGCACCCUUGGCCACUGUGCAGGGGGGCAAGAUAGUGCGGAGUUUAUCUGCAAACCUUUUGCGCCAGUCUCCAGUCCGGCCCUGGGCACACGGAGCUCCUGUUAUUGCUGGCUGGACACGUUCCUCCGCUCCGAUGGCACCAAGGAACCAAGAAGCAAUGAGUGAGUAAUACACGCGUACGUGUGCGUACCUGUGUGUGUGUCCGACAACGAGAAGCAAUUUAUCAACACCAAAAACAAAAACAAAAAACAAACCCCACACCAUGGACAACCCGUUCGAUCUGCACGACAAAGAGUCCGCCACGUCCGGUGCCUUCCUGCUGCCGACGGACAGCGAAAUCCUCGAGGGCUUCCUGUGCCCCGUGUGCAAGCGCGAUCUGCGCACGCCGGAGCGGCUCACCGUGCACGUCGAGCACGAGCACUCCGAGGAGCAGGAUCUGCUGAAAUCGCUGAAGGAAAUCUUCAGCCUCGCCCGGCAGGGCAUACUGAAGGGCGGUAAGCGGAAGCCGGCGGGCCAGCAGGGCCAGCAGCAGCAGGGAGCGGAGGGUAGCGAACCGUCCCCGCCGUCCCGGUACGGGGCCGAGUCGGGCGUGGUGGUGGGCAGCGCCGGCACGGCCAACAAUCCGCUGCUGCAGCCGGGCGGGCAGCAGCCGGCCGGCUGCACCUGCGAGCACAUGGCGUACUUCCGGGCGGUGCGCAGCCCCCGGCUCGAGCGGUACGCGGCCGAAACGAACAAGCUGAUCAUCCGGCUGGACAAGCUGCUGGACGGGCUGCCGGCCGACCCGGACGGCAGGAAGCGGCACGAGCAGAGCAAGGUGCCGUGGAUCGACGGCAAGCUGGUGAAGCUCUGCCCGACCUGUGCGCGCGGUUUCGGGCUGACGCGCCGCCAGCACCACUGCCGCGUGUGCGGCUCGGUCAUGUGCGACGGCUGCUCGCGCUUCCUCACGCUGGAGGAGGCGGGCCGGCUGGUCAACCCGACCGUGGCCAGCCCGGCCGGGGGCGCUCCCGCCGCCGAGCCGGACCAGCCGAACGAGUCGAGCCACUUCCGGGUGUGCGAGCACUGCAUGCGCCUGCUGCUGGUGCGGAUGGAGAUGCAGGACUGGCGGCGAGAGCGGCCACUGCUGCGCCAGUACUACGAGGCGCUGGAGCGCGAGCGCACCGACAUCGAGCCGCACAUCGGCAUGUACCGGCGCAUCCUGGACAGCCUGUACGAGGGCGACGUCAUCUACCGGCUGUCAGACGCGUCGGCGCUGCGGGAACGGAUUGGCCGGUCGGCGGAGAAGCUGGACGGCGUGAGCAAGAGCCUGCAGACGCUGCCGACGGCGCCGGGCAGCCGGGAGGAGGCGCUCAAGAAGGCGAUCCGGCUCGGCUGCAUCGCGUACAUCAAGGAGCGGAUGCUUUCGAUCCCGCCCCUGCCAGUAGAGGACGAGAUCAAGCGCAUCCAGGCCCGCAAGCGGACGGAGACGGAGCGACGGCUGGAGCGGGAGCGGCAGCUCGCGCUCGAAGCGUUCGAGCGGCUCGAGCUGCAGGCUGGCGGUGGUGCCGAGCCCGGCACCGACCGGCAGAACGGCAGCUCGUCCAGCUCGAGCACCGCCUCGACCGCCGAGAUGACGAACGGGCGGUACGGGGCGGCCGUCUCGACGAUGGACAACUGGAGCGGCACGCAGGCGCACGGGACCGGCGGCACCUCCGAUCCGCUGAUCGAUCAGAUCAACAUCGUGAAGGGGUACAUCCGGCAGGCGCGGGCCGCCCUGCGCUUCGAGGAGGUCGCCACGCUCGAGCGCAAUCUGAGCGAGCUGACGCAGGAGUUCUACCACCGGCAGCGGCAGGACACGGACACCAAGCAGCCGGAAACUUCGUAAGCGAGGACACUAGCAGGUGUCCUUCGGGCGAACCAUAUAGUCAGGUGCUUUAAAGGAGAGCAAAGUGAUUACGGAACGGCACACCGAGUGCUGUUUAUUUAUUCCAUUAAAACAAGUUAAAAACAAGACCCAGUCCCGUCGUGGCUCAGCUGGCAAAUCAGUUUGGCACGACAUUAGCAAGGGUUUAAGCUCCGUACCCAUACGCAGUGACUGCGACUGUGUCCUGCUGCAUGAGUACACACCACCAACACGUCACUGAGAUAGCCAAGCCCAUCGUGUCGCUUAGGCCAGAGGCACACUGCACACCGACCGAGGUUGUUGUUGCGCCAAAUAGGAAGAAGAAGAAGAACCAGAAUAAUAAAUUGAAUAUAUUAUUAUUAUUAUUAUUAUUUAAAAUCUAGCGGUUUCGUUUAUUAAAUUUCCAACUCCGAUAUUAAUUAUUUUAAAGGCAAGAUUGUUGAAGAAUGUGCGAUUGGUGCAUACAAUUUCACUAUUAUCGACCUUGCAGAGGGUAUAGGAGAGUUUGGAAGCAGUUUUGAGCAGAAGAAUGGGCAAUCCUUGAAGUUGCAGUUUGCGAUAACGGAAAAUGGUACUUGCAGCAUCAUUUUCAAAUUUAAAAUGUUCUCUAGCGUAAGCGUCGCGAGCAUUAGAAGGCUUUUCAUAAAGUAGCUAAAGAUUAGAGCCUCAGCAAGGGCACUGCGGAUGAAAAAAAAUGCAAAAUCUGGUAUAUAAAUAGUCUAACGCACCCAGGAGCGUCACGCUUCAGCAGUAGCACCAUGGGAAAAUUUAGCAACGGUGCUUUGGAAUUUAGCAAAUUUUGGAGAAUGGUUGCUCUAUAGACGGCAUCUCCAAAGUCAACAUCAGUUGCAUACGCAAAUUUGAGAGUUCAAAUUCUCUCAAGUGAAUGUUUAGGUGAUAGUUCACAAAAAAAUUGGUCAAAGGCAACCAUGCUUUUUCCUUUGCGUCUCGACUUCAUAGCAAUACCUUCAUUAGUUAUCCUCAACGUGAAUAUCUCUCUAAGAUGACGGUCCCUUGAAGAUUCACCUUAGAGAAAUCUCUGUAAUCACAUUCAAUUACUUUAAUUUAACUGGCCUUGAAAUGUAACAAUUGAUUCAAUACCUUAAUUUCGGUCAGUCGGCUAAUGUUGAGUCCCGUGGUAAACCUAAACAACAAUACGGACAUAGGCCAUAGAUAUGGAUUGGAUCACGCACUCCAAGUGACUGACUAUGGGCACACCAGAUAGCUAAGGAUAUUAGAGGCUAAGACAGGCCUAAAUCUACAACAUUGGUGGCGUUGCUGUCCCAAAUACCAAGAAGAAGAAUUUCGGUCAUAACUGGCCAUCAACUGAACACGUCUGAUAAGGAUGGAUAAGGAGGAGGCUAUAUAUAAAGCCCAGAAUCCUUAAGCUUGAUAUGGCAUUGCUAGAGUUAAACUUGGUAAACAAAAAACUGAUCUAACUAUUGAUGCAAGAAUCGGGUUGUGAACAACUGCCAGGAUCUUUGAACGGGUUGCUUCAAAGUUAAAAGUAUUAGGAAGAAUGAUCCUAUGGCGGAAAAUCAGAUAUGCAGGCCAGCAGGAUCUUUUGUAAUCAGCUGGUUCCCAUCCGGAAUAUCACCAAGAAGCAAAGACAGACUAUCCAGUGCUUUGAACCUAAUUAGUAUAGAAAGAGUCUGUACAAUGGAAGCCUGUAGCAUAAGAAAAAAAAAACAGGUAGAAUCAGGAUUGUCAACAUGUUGUUCGCGAAAUUGACGCAAAGAUUAAACUAUAAGUAAUACAAACAACUGAUCAAAAACAAUUCGACUAUUGUUACAAGAUUUGAAAAUGUUGUAAUAUAGGAUAUCUAAUGCAUUAACAUGAAAACAGCAGCUAAAACGAGUCUGAGAUUUUGGAAGUGGAAAAACUUGAGAUAUUUGAAUCUUAUCUUGGCCCAGUCUCUCUGCUCAAUCCUUGCUAUGGGUUAACGGUUCAAAUGAGGCUUGAGUUUGUAUUUUUAAAGUCGUACGAGGUUACGACUGUAAGCAAGGGACCGCCCACAUGUAAUUUUCUUCUUCUUCUUUGGCACAACACAAUCGUUGUCGGUCAAAGGCCUGCCUGCCUGUCUGUACCACUUAGUGGGGCUUUGGCUUUCAGUGAUUUUUUGAUUACCAAUAGCAGGAUAGUCAAGUCCUACACAUAUGGGGACGAUCCAAUUAGGGCUUGAUCCCAUGACGGGCAUGUUGUUAAGUCCUACGAGUUGACGACUGUAUCACAGGACCGGUCCAACAUGUAAUUGGGAUAUAUGUAUAUAUUAACAUAGGAUCUACUCAAACAUAUAAGUCAACCGAGCCAAUUUAACUAGUAAUCAUAAAUUCACAUGUUGCACGUAUUAUUUAUGUUAGUUCAUCGGUUUUAUUUUUUCUUUGUUUUAUCGAAGAGUUCAAAAUUAACCGUCCAAAUGUAUGUGUGUGUGCGUUUGGUUUUUUUGUUUUUGUUUUUCUACUCCCAAUUUCCGCUUGUAGCCACAGCAAGAGAUUCUUCAAUGGAGUAG